AUGGAGGAGGACAUCUGCUUUCCAGCACCCAGUAGCAUUCUUAGCGCCGUUAGGUCGGAUCUCAGCCGCCAUGCUAAUGGGAAGCUCAACGGUAUCCAAAAGUCAAUGCCCCUGCCCCUGGCGACGCUGAACAGGUACCUUCCCCGUACUCGAUACGCGGCCCAGGCGCAAACCACGCGGCGUGGAAAGCAGCGCUGCAUACUUUGGCCUGCUGGGAGUGACAAGGAAGCCACCGCCGAGCAAACGCGGGACUACUGCCGCUGUUCGCCCUUGCCGGCUGUUGCGACCCAGUACUUGCUCUUGACCACAGAUCCGUACAAAUGGAACGGCGAUGCCUUUGGUACCGUGGAGGUACUGGUAUCGGCACAGGCUAGAUGCCUAAGGUAUCGAGAAAAGGGAGGCAGAGACGAGAAGAGAAAGACAGACAGAGAGACAGACAGAGAUGUCGUGAUAGAGCACCUCCGACUUUAG